AUGGUUCUUCUGUCCAUCCUCAAUUCCUUCGUGUUCUUGCUCCCAGCGGACUCCGGGGAGAAGAUAUCCUUUCUGGUGUCCAUCUUUGUCACCUACGCUGUGUUUCUGAAUUUUGUAAGUGAUCUCAUCCCAAAGUCAGACAGACUGCCUCGACUUGUUGUGUAUCUUGUUCUCGUCCAGUGCCACAGUACCUUGUGUAUCCUAGCAACACUAUUCAUCCUCAAUAGGCAUCACAAAAAAGACAAUGAUGAUGCCAAGGAAAAGGCUAGAAGGAACAGGAACCAGGAUGAAAACCAAUACGCCAAUGAAGAUAUGCACCAGGAACACUGCCAAUCCAACACGGGGAAAAACAUUUCCGUUCAUAGCCGAAUAACACCAGCCCUGUCCUUCAAGACUGUUGAAAGAAGCCUUUUCUUUGCGUUUCUGGUACUUGCAGCUGCCACCCUGCUCGUAUUGUUUGUGUAA